AUGGAACAACCUCCUACCAUUUCGAGACCUGCGGAUUCAAAAAAGGCCCUAACAGAAUUCACACCAUUUCCACGGCUUCCUCCGAUGAUACGACAGAUGAUUUGGGAACUCGCCUCCCCAGAGAUCAUACGAAUUCGUAUACGUACACUAAGUCCCAAGCUCAAAAUUCGCAUGCCAACAUGCUUCCAUGCCCGUCGAGAGGCACGAGAACAAAUCAUGAAGAAUAGCGUUUUCUUCCUCGUUUUCCAUCGUACAAAGAACAUCCACGCGGAAAAAGUACUAUCGCAACAUUACGCUUUACGAGGGAUCCUCGAACACAUUCAAUAUGUCAUGCUGUACCGAUGCCUGGCCAGUCGCAACGAUCCGGCGCCUAUAGACACGUAA